AUGGAGUCCGAGAUGCUGCAGUCUCCUCUUCUUGGGCUUGGGGAGGAGGACGAGUCCGACCUGACCGACUGGAAUUUGCCUUUGACUUUCAUGAAGAAGAGGCACUGUGAGAAGAUCGAAGGCUCCAAAUCCUUGGCCCAGAGUUGGAGGAUGAAGGACCGGAUGAAGACGGUUAGCGUUGCCUUAGUUUUGUGCCUAAAUGUAGGUGUGGAUCCUCCGGAUGUGGUGAAGACAACUCCCUGUGCCCGUUUAGAGUGCUGGAUUGAUCCUCUGUCAAUGGGUCCUCAAAAAGCUUUGGAAACCAUUGGUGCAAAUUUACAAAAGCAAUAUGAAAACUGGCAGCCAAGGGCCCGCUACAAACAAAGUCUUGAUCCAACAGUUGAUGAAGUCAAGAAGCUUUGCACAUCCCUGCGCCGAAAUGCCAAGGAAGAACGAGUUCUCUUCCACUACAAUGGGCAUGGUGUACCAAGGCCCACAGUGAAUGGAGAAAUCUGGGUAUUCAACAAGAACUACACUCAGUAUAUUCCACUGUCCAUAUAUGAUCUGCAGACUUGGAUGGGAAGCCCUUCCAUUUUCGUUUAUGAUUGCUCUAAUGCUGGCCUUAUUGUCAAGUCCUUCAAACAAUUUGCACUACAGAGGGAGCAAGAGUUAGAGGUAGCUGCAAUUAACCCAAGUCAUCCACUUGCCCAGAUGCCUUUGCCCCCAUCAAUGAAAAACUGCAUUCAGCUAGCAGCAUGUGAAGCGAAUGAACUACUACCUAUGAUCCCCGACCUUCCAGCUGACCUUUUCACAUCAUGCCUUACAACACCUAUCAAAAUUGCGCUCAGAUGGUUUUGCAUGCAGAAGUGUGUCAGUCUGGUGCCUGGAGUCACACUGGAUUUGAUAGAAAAGAUUCCUGGCAGACUUAAUGACAGAAGGACCCCUUUGGGAGAACUGAAUUGGAUCUUCACAGCAAUCACGGAUACCAUUGCUUGGAAUGUGCUGCCCAGGGAUCUCUUCCAAAAGCUUUUCAGACAGGAUCUCUUGGUGGCAAGUCUAUUUCGUAACUUUCUGUUGGCAGAAAGGAUCAUGAGAUCAUAUAACUGUACCCCAGUCAGCAGUCCACGCCUACCUCCUACCUAUAUGCAUGCAAUGUGGCAAGCCUGGGACCUAGCAGUUGAUAUUUGCCUCUCCCAAUUGCCAACCAUUAUAGAGGAAGGAACUGCAUUUAGACACAGCCCAUUCUUUGCUGAGCAAUUGACAGCAUUCCAGGUGUGGCUCACAAUGGGAGUAGAAAACAGGAAUCCACCAGAACAACUUCCCAUAGUCUUGCAGGUGCUGUUAAGCCAAGUUCAUCGGUUGAGAGCUCUCGACUUACUGGGAAGGUUUUUAGACUUGGGCCCCUGGGCAGUGAGCCUGGCUUUGUCAGUUGGCAUCUUCCCUUAUGUGCUAAAACUGCUUCAGAGUUCAGCCAGAGAGCUGAGGCCACUUCUUGUUUUCAUAUGGGCUAAAAUUCUAGCUGUGGACAGUUCAUGCCAAGCUGAUCUCGUGAAGGACAACGGUCACAAAUAUUUCCUCUCUGUCUUAGCAGACCCUUACAUGCCAGCUGAACAUAGAACCAUGACAGCUUUCAUUCUGGCUGUGAUUGUCAACAGCUAUAACACAGGACAGGAAGCCUGUCUUCAAGGCAAUCUGAUUGCCAUUUGUCUGGAGCAACUGAAUGACCCACACCCUCUGCUACGCCAAUGGGUAGCCAUCUGCUUGGGACGGAUUUGGCAGAAUUUUGAUUCAGCUAGGUGGUGUGGUGUAAGAGACAGUGCCCAUGAGAAACUCUACAGUCUUCUCUCUGAUCCAAUUCCUGAGGUUCGUUGUGCUGCUGUCUUUGCCCUUGGCACUUUUGUGGGUAACUCUACAGAGAGGACUGAUCACUCUACCACCAUUGAUCACAAUGUGGCUAUGAUGUUGGCUCAGCUUAUCAAUGAUGGAAGCCCUAUGGUUAGGAAGGAACUGGUGGUAGCUCUGAGUCAUCUUGUGGUUCAAUAUGAGAGCAAUUUCUGCACAGUAGCCUUGCAAUUCAUUGAAGAAGAAAAGAACUACCCUCUGCCUUCUCCAGCUGCCACAGAGGGAGGCAGUUUGACACCUGUGCGAGAUGGUCCAUGUACACCUAGACUUCGCUCAGUCAGCUCCUAUGGAAAUAUUAGAGCAGUUACCACAGCAAGAAGUCUGAACAAGUCUUUGCAGAAUCUGAGCUUGACAGAAGAAUCUGGAGGCUCUGUUGCAUUUUCCCCAGGCAAUCUCAGCACUAGUAGUAGUGCAAGCAGCACCUUGGGCAGCCCUGAAAACGAAGAGUACAUCCUUUCAUUUGAGACAAUCGAUAAGAUGAGAAGAGUCAGCUCUUAUUCCUCUCUCAACUCACUUAUAGGAGUUUCCUUCAAUAGCGUUUACACACAAAUUUGGAGAGUCCUAUUGCAUCUUGCAGCUGACCCAUAUCCAGAUGUUUCAGAUUUGGCUAUGAAAGUACUCAACAGCAUCGCCUAUAAGGCUACUGUCAAUGCCCGUCCUCAGCGCAUCCUUGACACAUCUUCACUUACUCAGUCUGCUCCUGCUAGUCCAACCAACAAAGGCAUGCACAUUCACCAAGUUGGAGGCUCUCCUCCAACAUCAAGUACCAGCAGCUCCAGCCUGACAAAUGAUGUGACUAAGCAGCCAGGCAGUCGGGACAUACCAUCAGGCAGACCAGCUAAUGUGGGCACCAUGGGUGUGCAGUAUACACCUCAUUCCCACCAGUUCCCCAGGACUCGUAAAAUGUUUGACAAAGGCCCAGACCAGACUACUGAUGAUGCAGAUGACACUGUUGGACACAAAAGUUUCAUUUCGGCCACAAUGCAGACAGGAUUCUGUGAUUGGAGCGCCAAGUAUUUUGCUCAACCAGUAAUGAAGAUCCCAGAAGAACAUGACUUAGAAAGCCAAAUUAGAAAAGAACGGGAGUGGCGAUUUCUACGAAACACACGUGUGAGAAAGCAAGCACAGCAGAUCAUCCAGAAGGGUAUAACAAGACUAGAUGAUCAAAUCUUCCUUAAUAGGAACCCUGGUGUUCCCUCAGUGGUCAAAUUUCAUCCCUUUACCCCGUGCAUAGCUGUAGCUGAUAAAGACAGUAUUUGUUUUUGGGACUGGGAAAAAGGGGAGAAGUUGGACUACUUCCACAAUGGAAAUCCUCGCUACACCAGAGUCACUGCCAUGGAAUAUCUGAAUGGCCAGGACUGUUCAUUGCUAUUGACAGCCACAGAUGAUGGUGCCAUCAGGGUGUGGAAGAAUUUUGCAGAUGUGGAAAAGAACCCUGAGAUGGUGACUGCCUGGCAGGGACUUUCAGACAUGCUACCAACAACAAGAGGAGCAGGGAUGGUGGUGGACUGGGAACAAGAGACUGGUCUCCUCAUGACCUCAGGAGAUGUACGAAUUAUCCGAAUCUGGGACACAGAUAGAGAGAUGAAAGUGCAGGAUAUACCCACGGGUGCAGACAGCUGUGUGACAAGCCUCUCCUGUGACUCUCACCGUUCACUCAUUGUGGCUGGUCUUGGUGAUGGCUCCAUUCGGGUCUAUGAUAGAAGAAUGGCACUCAGUGAAUGCCGAGUUAUGACCUACCGUGAGCAUACUGCUUGGGUGGUGAAAGCACACCUCCAGAAACAUCCCGAGGGCCACAUCAUGAGUGUCAGCGUCAAUGGAGAUGUACGUUUCUUCGACCCCCGAAUGCCUGAGUCUUUAAAUGUCCUCCAGAUAGUGAAGGGACUAACGGCCCUUGACAUUCAUCCACAGGCAAAUUUGUUUGCAUGUGGUUCAAUGAAUCAGUUCACUGCAAUCUACAAUGGGAACGGAGAGCUGAUUAACAACAUCAAAUACUAUGAUGGGUUUAUGGGCCAAAGAGUCGGAGCCAUCAGCUGUUUGGCUUUUCACCCACACUGGCCUCAUUUGGCGGUUGGAAGCAAUGACUACUACAUCUCGGUGUACUCCGUGGAGAAGCGCAUCAGAUAA